UAUUGAAAAAGUUCUUGAGCGACCAAGUCCAGGCAGUCCAUCGUCUGGUGCAACGUUUAGUUGUAAUUUGUAAGCAAAAAGCAACAAGCUCGUCCAAGUAAUUGAGUAAAUAUUUAUUAAAAUAAUUGUUACUGUUUAAUAAUAAAUAUAAGUAAUUAUCAUGGCGACUUCGAAGACUACGAAUACUUAUAACAGGCAAAACUGGGAAGAUGCUGAGUUUCCAAUUUUAUGCCAGACAUGUUUGGGGGACAAUCCUUACAUAAGAAUGACAAAAGAAAAAUAUGGAAAAGAAUGUAAGAUCUGCGUGCGUCCAUUCACUGUAUUUAGAUGGUGUCCUGGUGCGAGAAUGCGUUUCAAGAAGACAGAAGUUUGUCAAACAUGUAGCAGGUUAAAAAAUGUGUGCCAGACAUGUCUGCUUGACUUGGAGUACGGGCUGCCUAUUCAGGUUCGUGACGCAGCGCUCAAGGUCAAAGACGACCUGCCACGUUCUGAAGUCAAUAAAGAAUAUUACGUUCAGAACAUUGAUAAAGAAAUAGGCAACAUUGAUCCAACAAGUCCAGCAGGAGCUGUUGGUAAAUCCGCGGCCGCGAGUGAUUUGCUGAUGAAAUUGGCGCGGACAAGUCCUUAUUAUAAACGGAAUCGCCCGCACAUCUGUUCGUUUUGGGUCAAAGGAGAGUGUAAACGUGGGGAAGAGUGUCCGUAUCGUCAUGAGAAACCUACGGAUCCAGAUGAUCCACUUGCUGAUCAGAAUAUUAAGGACCGUUACUACGGUGUCAAUGAUCCGGUUGCUGAUAAGUUGAUGAGACGCGCCGCUGCAAUGCCAACACUUGAACCACCCGAGGACAAAUCCAUCACCACUCUCUACAUCGGAGGUCUGGGUGACAUUCUCACAGAGAAACAGCUGAGAGAUCAUUUCUAUCAGUAUGGAGAAAUACGUUCCGUGACGAUGGUUCCUCGUCAGCAGUGCGCUUUUAUUCAGUACACGCAGAGAGCUGCUGCUGAACUGGCUGCCGAACGUACCUUCAAUAAACUUAUUCUUGGAGGCAGACGAUUGACUAUCAAGUGGGGACGCUCUCAAGGACGACAGACCGUUUCCGCAGUGGAAGCGACUCGCGAGAUGCUGGAACCGGUUCCCGGGCUUCCUAAGCCACUGCCUCCACCCGAAACUUUGGGAAACAAUUUCUUCAAUCUUCAAGGUGCCACUGGUAUCAUGCCUCCCAUGAUAAUUCCACCGCCUCCAGUUGCUCCGCAGUUCCUUUUCCCGUCCCAAAUCGCAACUGCUGCAGCAGCAACCGCAGCGACUCCAAUCUUUCCACCAGGAACCACGCCCAUACAUUAUCCCAGCCAGGAUCCAUCAAGAAUGGGCGCCAGUCAAGGUAUAGGAAAACCCUGGCCCGAAGAUUAGUUUAUUUUAUAGUUUUAAUUUAAAUUAAUAUCAUCAAUGUAUUAAUAAACAUGAGUGUCAAUGUAACUGACAGCUGACAAUUUUUUAAAUUUUUGAACAAAUAAAUAAAAUUUAAAAAAUGCGUAAAA